AACGAAGUAGAUCGAAUAUCCAAUUAAUCUUGUCCUCAAGGCUCAGCCCGGCCUGUGAUGAUUUCGUUUUACACCGUAAAAUUGAUAUGCAGCCUUUUUAUGCGUUCUGUGCCUUGAUUUAAAUAAAGUCAUGGAUCGAGGAGGAUAUGAUAGAAUUCUAGCUCGCUUAUUUUGGCACAAGCUCUGAGGAGUCUACAUUGUACACUAUGUCAGGCUUCAAGGCCAAGCACCAAGCACUGCAGAUUCUGCAGCGUCUGGCAUCUGGUGAAAAGCUUCCAGGCAAGGAGAGAAACCCAACUUUCUCACCUCGGAAACCGGGCAUCAGGAACUCAGAUGAUAUCCUCAAGGAAAAGUACAAUGAACUUGCCGAGCUGGUGGCCCUACAGCGCCUUGAAAAGCAGGCAGUGUCAUCUUUGCAGAAGAUGUAUGUCAGUCCGCCGAAAGGGGAGAGGAGAUCUCGGAGGAGAAGAAGGGAUGGAGAAACGAGGACAAAGAGGAAGGAGGAUGGUGAAAGGGAAGGCUCAAAGAAGCAGAGGCCAAUGUCUGCUUCAUCCACAUCGUCCUAUUCAUCUUCUGCAUCAUUUGCCUCAAGGGCAUCCUCAAUGUCAAAUUCUUCGAGGUCAUCCUCAAUGUCAAAUUCAUCUAGGUCAUCUUCAAUGUCAUCUAGGUCAAAUGUAUCAAGAUCAUCUGCUUCAUCAAAUACUUCAAGGGCAUCCACAAUGUCAAAUUCCUCAAGGGCAUCUACAAGGUCAAAGUCAUCAUCUACUCCAAAACCAGUUGAGAGGCACUUUGUCACCAUCGUAGAGGAGGAAGAGGAAGAGGAAGUUGUGAAUCAAGAUGACAUCAAGGAAAGACAGGUCGUCCAGUUUGACAAAGACCUAGCUCAAGAAAACAAGGAGGAAGCCGAGCGCAAGAAGGAGGCCUCAAAACGUAGAAGGCAGGUUUCGUUUGUCCUGGAAACGCAGGAAAAGAGUAGUGAUGAUGAUGACGAUAUGGAUGAUGAAGAAGAGAGUGUUUCUGAUGAAGAUGAGAGAUAUGUCCCUGGAGAGGAGAGUUUGUCUCCUUCUAGGUCGCAGGGUAAUGAUAGAAGGCGUGAUAAUGCAGGUGAUCCAACACCUCGUUACAUUGAGAUUGAGGACAGUAUACUGAGGGAGAUUCUCAGUCCAAGGUCUCCUCGUCGUGGUUUUAAGUUAUCACAGAAGUCAGAGGACAGAUCACCAUCCAGGGAUAGAUCGAAAUCACCCCAGCGGAAAGCACGUAGUCCAUCCCCGAAGAGGGCAUGGGAAGUACCAAACACUUUACCGCUUCCCCCAAGACCUGUCAAAGACAUAAAACCUUGUGAUCAUAAGUUGAGCGACACCGACAAUCCUGAAAUAAAGAAGUGGCUGCGUCACAAGAAUGCUCUGAUUCGACGGGAGAGGAAGGCAGAGUUGCAGAAAGAGAGGGAGAAGCAAAGAUCUGCAGAGGCAUCCAGUCAGAAACGAGUUGAAAGACUUGUGGAAUCUGAAGAAUUCUACGAUACUUGGAUGAAGCAGAAGAAAAAAGACCUGAGGAGGAAGCACAGAGAUGAACGUCGUCUUGCCAAAGAGGAAAGGAGGAGACAAGAAGAAGAAAGGGCUAGAAGAGAAAAGCUAUUCCAGGAAAAGAUCCGCAUGUCUGUUGCUUCUUUUGGUGAGAGAGUCCCGACACCAAGAAAAGAGAAACAAGCAAGGAAGCAGUCUGGGAAAUCCAGUGGUGAAGACAACAGUCCCAAGACCAAAUUAAAUAUUAGAAAAGCGAAAGACAAGGGUACGGAAAAUGAUGGACAGCAGAGAUUUCCAUCUUCGAAUCCUUUCAAGGGAGUGACGUAUGAUGAAUGGAUGAAGCAAAAGAUGAAGCAAGAUGAGAUGAACAAAAAGGAGGAAAGACAAAAGAAAAAGAUUGAUCCUGACUUGGAGGACAUCAUCCCACAGGUUGCUAAAGAAAGGAUUGACAGAGCCAAGAUUGGGAAGGGGAGAAGGGUCAGCAGUGCUUUUGGAAAGGAGAAGGAUGAGAGACCGGAAUGCGAUCGUGCUGCAACCGAAAAGACUGAUGCGCCAAAACCUUACAGGUGGUCCAACGAUUCUACAAGCACCUCUGAUAAACAUUCCAAACAAAGCAGUGCACAUGGCAAAGUGGGGCUUCACAGACCAUCCACUGCUAAAAAUCACCUCCGCAAUGCACCCCACCAAGAGAGGGCACCAUCGGCCAAUCUUGGCAAGGUUCAAGGUCCCAGAGUCUUUUCGCCCUCUUUCGCCCGUCCAGAGCCGCAGGGAAGUGAGAGUAACGAUGAUCAUUCAGAACAUAAUGGAAAUAAGGGUAAGCCAAUACUGCAUAGAAACACGGCUGGUAAGAAUGAUAAGGUUGGCAAUCAAAAUGAAGAAGGGUGUGUCUGGGAAAAGGCUUUGGUGAAAGCAAACCCUGCACAGCCAGUUGCAGAUCCUGAAGACUUAUCAAUCUUUUUAACAGAAUUUGAUGGGUAGUUAGACAUAAGGUUUUACUCCACUAUUAUUAAACCAGAAUGUUUCAAUUGCAUGUAUGGCUUGUCCUUGAGCAACAAAAAAAGAGUUGUAUUUAAUAUGCCUAGACCCUGUUGCAUAAACAUUACUUGUAUAGUAACCUUGCCAUCCAAAGGUAAUUUUCUUGAAAUCCUUGAAUUUAAUUGGCUGCUUACCAUUGUUACCAUGGUAGUUACCAUUGGAUUGCAAAGUUACUAUAAAUAAUAAUUUUUAUGCAAUGGGGCCCUGGUUUGUCAUGUUCAGUAACAAAAGGCAAAAUAUUUCUAUAUUAAAAUAAAUGAAUAAAUUGCUCCUUAUGACAAUUUGUUAUUGUCAAUGAAUUGUUUUCCACUAUAGAGCUCAGUUUUAAUAUGAUCAGGAAAUAUGAAUAUUUGUAGCUCUUCCACGAUUUGUAAAUUACACUCGGCCUUUAUACCAAAUUGCACCAUGAUACGCAAAUUAAGGGACAAUCAUACUUUCAGUACAAAGCUUUGAGUAUUUAGAAGCACAUAUUAUGCAGAACUGAAAUUACAAGUACAAGGGUUUUUUUUUUUUUGAAAAUUAUCCUAAUUGCAAUGCCCUUUCACAACAUCACUCAAUUCUUUCCAUUAAAUUUUUUUUUUGCAUUUUAAUGAGGAUUAAAAAGGAAAAAAGUAUAAGAGGGAUGCAUUUUUAUGAAAAAACAAGAUGUAGGGAAUUUCACUUUCAUGGGAAGAGCAUUGGAGGUUGGGGCGGGGGGUGGACUAUGAGAGAUCAUUGCGGAGGAUAAACAGAGAGUACUUCAAAGUGAACAUGUGUCCUGUGUAACAACCAAGCAUUUAUUGGUGUUAUUGUAGUACUCAUUAUCGUAUUCAGGCUUUGUAAUCAAAGGAUUAUUUUGUGAAAAUAUAAGCUCGCAUUACACCAACCCAGCAUAUUUGGAAAAAAAUGAAAUAUCUUACUUACUGUAAUAAUAAUAAUAUAGGGUAUUUAUAUUGCGCACAUAUCCACCUUGUUAGGUGCUCAAGGCGCUCCUAUAUUACCCGGCUAAGCUAGGCGUUCAUAGCGCACACAGCUUUUUAAGGAAUUACUUCCUACCGGUACCCAUUUACCUCACCUGGGUUGAGUGCAGCACACUGUGGAUCAGUUUCUUGCUGAAGAAAAUUACGCCAUGGCUGGGAUUCGAACCCACGACCCUCUGUUUCAAAGUCCGAAGACUAAUCCACUGGGCCACAACACUCCACUGUAUGAGAACAGGGAGUCUACCCAACUUGGUUACAGUACAGUUCUUGUAGAAACAAACUCUACUCUGUAAAGGUAAAGGUUUACUUGAAACUACUGUAUGUUUCUACCGGGCUUUGUAGAAACACUGGUCUGGCUGUAAAUUAUCAACAACGCUUUCACAUCGCAUUAAAAUUUUAAUUUUGUGAAUAAUUUCACCUUGAAGUCUAUGAAAAUGCAGUGAUAGCACAUCAUUUUUGCAGAUUUAUAGUACAUGGACAUUGUCAUGUAUAUCUUGUUUUGAUAUCUACUUGGAUGGCAUCAGUGUUGUACUUGUAUUGUAUAUUAUGAGAAUAGGGAUUCUAGCUAGCCAACUUUGUUACAGUACAAUUGUGUAACAACAUUGGAUAAUGCUAUAAUUUCUUUGCCCUGCCCUUACCGAACGAAUCAUUGUGUUGAUUGAUACCUAAUUUAAAUGGUUACAGCUUCUUUUCCCAAAAGUUAGUUAUACAGUUUUGAUUUUUUAAUACUCCGAAGGUUCAAUACUCUGAAGUUACGUUUGUCUGAAGUUUUGUUAAAUCAGACAGUUUGUUAUUCUGAAAAUGAACUUAGAUUUGAUAAUCCGAAACUUGGUUAAUCCAAAAACAAAUUUUGAAGUUCUGAUAGUGAGAAAAUAAGUUAUCUUUGUAAUUGUUUCAUUUUCAGAUUAUUGAGCCUUGGGAAUAAGAACUCUUAAUUCAUUUUUGAUUAUUAAUCAACUUUAUUUUAUCAUUGGAUUAUCAAACCUUCAGAAUAAUAAACCCUAUUUUAUUUUCAGAUGAACCUUAGAAUAACAGGCCUGCAUAAUAAUGCCACCAAUUUUUAAUGAAUGAAUCCUUUUUCUUCAUCUGGCCAUAUGAAAUUUGUGUUUUUCAAAUGAUUCAAUCCUAAAAAGCGGAUUAGUCAUAAACUUUAUCACGACUGAUCCCAUUAUUAUGUCGCUUUAAUCCAUUUCCACACAUGGCCAGUGAUCAAUUUUGAAGUAUUUAUUGGAGAUGAACAAGAUGUUUUGUCAUGUAAUGAUGUGACAUUUAUGAUAGAAAAUAGAUUCUAUUUUUGUGAAAUGUAUAAUACAGUAGAUUGUUUUAUGAAAUAAUAAAAGUGAAACAUGUUUGAAAAGUACAAUAUGAAUUUCAAAGCCAAUCAUCAUUGGUAUUAACUUCUUAUAAUAAUAUUUAAACUUGAUAUUAGUGAAUUGAAUUCAUUUAUUUCCACAUUACGAAAAAAAAUAAUUCAUAUACCGGGAUAUUCAACUUUUCAAGAAGUUAGAGAAUUUUACAGUAUGAUAUGUAGGCAGCUAGAAAAUAUCAAAAUAUAUUAUUUUUGUUAAUGCAGCCACUGAACAAAAAUAAAAUAGUGCUUUCAUACAGGUAUUUCAUCUUGCAAUAGGAAACAAUGAAGUUUGUAUUUUUACUAAUAUAAUGUGUUGUAAAAUUUUGUACAAAAUUGUGUCAUAGUUUGUGCAAUCUCAGGUAGUAAUUUUUUAGCUUGAAGCAAAAUGUUUGUUGUGUUCAUAAUCAAAAUGUUAAAUCUCUGUAACAUCUUUUUUAUUUUCCUCUCAGAGUACAAUUGUGCAGUGUUGAAUUAAAAUGUGUACUGCACAAAUCAUGUGAUAUGUAUCAAAUUGUUCACAGCAAAAAAUAGAAGUCAAACAUAUAUGCAAAAUUAAUACUGUACGUGUCAACCUACAUGUAACCCCAUAGUGAAAAGAGUAAAAGAAAUAUUGCUUAUAUAUCAAAGGUUUAAUUCAAGUUCUAAUCAGAUCUACUUUUUAUUUUGGUUGAAACAUUAUAUUGAUUAAAUAAUAUAUGUUCAAAGAGAAUAAAGGGGUUCUGUGACACUGUAAAGUUAUUGAAUUAUUCAACAGUUGGUUUUUUUUUUUUUUUUUAACUCCUCUGCAUAUUGGGGACUCCCAGAGUCUAGUUUGUGUAAUAUAUGUUUAGUUUGCAGACAAUUUCCAUGCAUAAUUCUUUAUUAUAUGUUUGAAAUACAUUCCAUUUUAUAAUCUGCCUUUACUUUAAUUUUUAUUAAUGCAUGUGCCAAGUCUUUCUGAUUAUUUUUCUGCUGAAAUAGACAGCUCUAUGUUGUGCAUGAGGUUUGCUACUUUGAAAAGUAGAGUGCAUUUAAUUAUGUUGUAAAAAGAAAUGAUUUCUAGCAUUAUUAGAAAGAAAAUUGUAUGCAGUUUGUAUGGUCCAGGUCUUGUGUUCCAGAGUUGCAAUUGACUGGAUUGAAUUAAACUACAUGUAUGGUCGCCUUAUUGAGUUUUAUGACGUUACUCCGACAUUUUAUAUUUCAAUGGGUAAAAAGUCACACACCAAAGCUUUGAAAUCAGGAUUUUUCUCAUUUGUUUGACGUUGUAUAUACAAGGGUGACUGGAGUACUUGAGCAUUGUAUUAUUGAAAUUCGAAAUGAAUUGGGAUUAAUUGCAAUUCUCAGUUAGAUAGGGCUAGGAAUAUGAUUAUGGACCUUGAUUGUGAAUCAAUGUGUAGUUGGCUUAUUAAAAUAUUUAGCUUUUACAAAUGGA